AUGCCGCCUUGCCUAGACAAGCCACUAAUACUGUAUUUGGCAGUAUUUAAAAAUUUUAUGGGAUGCGUGCUUGGCCAACAUGAUGAGUUAGGACGAAAGGAAAGAGCAAUCUACUAUCUCAGUAAGAAGUUCACUGAAUGUGAGAUGAGAUAUUCACCAAUCGAUAAGUUAUGUUGCGCCCUGAUCUGGACAACUUGGAGACUGAGACAAUACAUGUUGUACCAUACAACUUGGUUAAUCUCUAAACUAGACCCUCUGAAAUACAUGAUGGAGUUGACUGCUCUGAAUGGAAGAAUGACCCGGUGGCAAAUUCUACUGUCUGAAUUUGAUAUAGUCUAUGUGAACCAGAAAGCAAUAAAAGGGAGUGAAAUAGUAGACUUUCUGGCCAGUAGAGCGCUGGAAGAUUAUGAGCCACUAAACUUCAAUUUCCCGAAUGAGGAUUUGAUGUAUGUUGCAACCGCAGAAAAAGACUUUCAAAAAGAUGGUUCUUGGAAGCUGAAUUUUGACAGAGCCUUGAAUGCUGUGGGCAAUGGGAUUGGGGCAGUCUUGGUAUCUCCCGACGGUGAUCAUUACCCAUUCACUAGAAAAUUAGAUUUUGAUUGCACAAAUAACAUGGCUGAGUAUGAAGCAUACAUCAUGGGAAUUUAUGCAGCCAUUGAACGGAAAAUCAAAGUGUUAGAGGUGUAUGGGUAUUCUGCAUUGGUAAUUUAUCAGCUCAAAGGCGAAUGGGAGACAAGAGACUCCAAGUUGAUUAAUUAUCGAAAGCUGGUCCUGGAAUUAAUUAAGGAGUUUGAUGACAUUACCUUCUGUUAUGUCCUACGGGAUGAAAAUCAGAUGGCCGACGCAUUGGCUACAUUAGCCUCUAUGAUCAAGGUAAAUAAACAAGAGGAUGUGAAGCCUAUCCAAAUGAGCAUUUAUAAGGCUCCAACCCUUUGUUACAACAUUGACAAUGAAGAAGAAAAGGAUGAUCACCCCUGGUAUCAUGACAUACUGCGAUAUGUAAAGAAUCGUGAGUUUCCCGGUCAGGUAACUGAGAAUGAAAAGAAGACAUUGAGAAGGCUGGCAAAUGAUUAUGUCUUAGAUGGAGAGAUCUUAUAUAGAAGAGCAAAAGAUCAGGUGCUGCUAAGAUGCGUAGACGCUGUAGAGGCCAGACAAAUCUUAGAAGAGGUCCAUGAGGGAGUUUGUGGAACGCAUGCUAAUGGUUUCACAAUGGCCAAACAAAUCAUGAGAUUCGGAUAUUAUUCGCAUGCUAAUGCAUCAAAUAUGCCAAGAAAUGCCAUAAGUUCCAAAUUUAUGGAGACAAGAUUCACGUGCCCCCUUCACCUCUCCAUGUCAUAA